AUGGCCGAUCAGGGCUCUCCAAACGGUUCCACAGGAGCGCCUGGAUCACCAAACCCUUACGAUGUAGAUUCGCCCGGUUACGAGCCCACAUCAUCGCCCCGGCGAUCAGCUGAUGGUUCACCUGGAAAUGGCAGUGCUGUUGGAACGCCUUCACACGUUUCCGCGCCAUCUUCACCGCUUUCAGCUCAUGCCGAUGAGUGA